AUGUCCUUACACCUACUGUUUGAGCUCAGGGUCAAUCAGAUGGUAUGUAAAUAUGUGACGAUUAUUCAGCAGGCUACCGUAGGGAUUCAAGUCUUCUUCGUGAUCUUUGCGACGGGAAUUGUUGCGUUCACGGUUGGAAUGUUACAUCUCCUUCAUGCCUGUCCUACAAGUGAAUGUGGGCGAGUAGAAAGUGAAGGGUCCUUCCCCAUUCAUUUCUUUGGUGCAUUAUCAGCGACGCACUUCAUGCUGGGCGGUCGAUAUGAUCCUGUUGACUCAAAACUUACUUCUCAAGACUGGGCUUUCCAUAUUAUGAUGAUGAUGUUCUUUUUCUUCACAGUCAUCUUGAUGCUGAAUGUGCUUAUUGCACUUAUCAAUGUGGCAUUUGCAAAGAGUGAUGAUGGAUGGAGAAUGACAUGGAUUGAAUCGCGUCUGCGAUUCAUCGAGGCAGCCGAAAAUAUGUCAUAUUAUAUCCCUGGCUACCGUGAGACGUACGAUUGUUUCCCUGAGGAGAUAUAUUUUGCGGCGACUACGCAACAGAAAAAAGCCUAUCAAGGAAAGUUGGAUGCUGAUGCCAAUAAGGAUGUGGGGAAACAUAUCGCUAUUGUGGAUGCACGAGUGGAGCAGCUACAGAGGCGGCUACGGGAGCAACUGCGGGUGCAAGUGCAAUUGCAAAAUCAGCUAUAG